AAUUAAAUGAGAGUCAAACUAAACUAUAUUGGCCAGCUUACGAAUAAAAGGAUUUCUGACUAUAUAUACAUUUUGCGGUGGACAGGCCAACAACUGACUUUGGGCAAAACUUUUUUAAGCGAUUUCUUUCCGGCUGAGGAUAGUGACACAGACAGACCGUCCCACAUAACGUCCCACGAGUUUCCGAUAAUAUAUUAUUAGUGUCGGAAAGCAGCUCUAAAGGGAAUGACUAAUCACAUAAGAAAGUCCGAUUUUACUAGGAAAGAGCAAAAAUGAAUGUUACAUGAUCUAAACCGAAAAGACUGGACGGAAAUUUGUUUUCCAGGAUCACAAAAUUGGUUAUCUGUCGCUGUAAAUUACAUGAACGUUCUAAAAAAUGAAUAAAAAAAAUUACUAUUGAAAAUUUUGAAACGAAGCUAGUGAAAGAAAUGAUAAAUUAUUGAAGACAACCAUUUUGUCACUUGGAAAACUCUCGCCUUGUGAAGUUGAAAUACACAAAAGUAGACUGAUCGAAUUGACACAUUGUGAAGGUCCAUCGAGAUUCGUCUAACGAUGAAGAGGACUUCAGCCUCGUGAAGGACGAUGAAAGAAAUAGCUUCAAGUGAGAGCAAUCACUUAUGGGUUUCAUAAACACUGUGAUCUGUUUUGCUGUUGUAUUUACACGGCACUUUACAGACACUCGAGCAUGCCACAUGAACAUAACCAGUCUCAAUGGAACGAUUAACAUUUUAAACCCUCCCGCGAAGCAAACGAACUCCACAGGGUACACCUGCAAGUGGAACAUUCAGCUUAUGAAAGUCGACACACCUCGCCAUGUUGAGCUACGUUUCACUUCAUUUGACAUCGCUGGAAUCAUGCCAGAGUGCUUCAGUGGAAAUUAUAUCGAAUUAUUUCUUGGUUGCAAUCCAUCAAAGUCUAUCGGUAAAUUUUGCGGGAAGUUGUCAAUGCCUGUAGUGUAUUCGUUUGAUCACUGUCUCCAAAUAAGGCUCAUCGUCGCGUCUGAUUUCCGAUUUGAAGGAAGCAGUUUGCUCGAUGGUGUGCCCUAUUUUACAGCUGUUUUCAACCAACGCUUACGAACAAAAGCCUUAUCGCAGAAUUAUUACGGUUGUGGCAAGGACUAUUAUGCCAAUGCAAGAUAUGGAAAUGUCUUCUCGCCACACUGGCCUCUACCCUACCCCCGGUACGUAGACUGUGUAUGGCACGUGACUACGCGGAAAGACUAUAAUAUCAAGCUGCUGUUCUUUGAUUUUGACGUCAGAUCAACGAACGCAAGCUCAGAAGCCGACUUCGUGGAAGUGAGACCAGGAAGAAGGUUAGUGACAAAAUCCAAACAGUGUGGAAGAAAGGACCCCUUUUCACUAACAAUUGAGGGAGACUCAGUAUUCAUACAAUUCAAAAGUAAUGCGGAGGCUGGAAAUCGGGGAUUUAUGGCCGGAUUUGUAACCUACAGUGCUGAGACUGUCGACUUUCAACCUCAAGUCCUCAUCAUGCUGGCCGUGAUAUUCUCAACUCUUUUGCUUUUUGCGGGAAAAGCUUUAGUUAAAAAAAUGUUAGAGAAAAGACGAUUGAAAAGGAAAGCUAAUCUUGACCAAUCAGCACGACGCUACUGGACUAGGAGUGUGACACCAAUAUCACAUGACCACUCAGUGGGAGAAUCCACGGCAAAGUCUGACUUCUUAGGUCGGAAAGGGUCCUCAACAGGCAACUGCCCAGUGAAAAAUGUCACUUUUGAAACAGCAGGAACAGAAAGCAAGCCAAGCCCAGGAAAGGAAUACAGCAAUGAAGAUCUGGAGCAAGAAACUGUCUGCUAAUCGGUUAUUUGUCGCCUUAGGUCGGUCGUGUCGCAAAAAAAUAUACUUGAUCCCUCCUAAGACUCUGUAGUAUUCUGUAGACCUCCCCUCAUUGGCAGUCACCUUUCUUACCCCUCCCCCCCUCCAUUUAUUCUCUGAGUAGCGACACCUAGUCCCCCCUUAUUUCCCCCUGAAAACCAUGUGAACCCCCAUAAAUUAUUUAACCCCUCCCCCCACAGAUGAUUAAUAGUCUCAAUUCCCUUGGCUCUCGAUCAAUUGACACUUUGAAAUCAAUCGAUGUUUGGAAGUACAUGUACAUAAGUAUUGUAAUGAAAUGUUCCUCUCAUCGAUAACUGUCCGGAUUUUUUAAUAUAUAUCUGUUACAGUGUUUUCUCACAAUGACGUUAUCUGGAGAAUUUUCGGCCCCAUUAGUUUGCAAAUCUGCAGUUCACUUUCGAGAAAAAGAAACCACAGUGAAAGAAACCAUCGUAUCCUGUUAGAAUUAGACUAUGAAACUAAUAAAUAGAUUCCACAUUUUUCAGCAGAAUCGAAGUGAGAAAGAAGUUAUUUUGUUUUUGUUUUUCUGUCUCUAAAUUCGCUUACCUGGAGAAUCUGCUAAUCAGUAUAGUGAGACUGUUGUAACGACCCGCCACAGAAGAAAGUUUAAAUUGAAGUUUUUUUAAUUCAAUUACGAGAUGAAGACUUGAUUUGCAUUCGUUCUGAAAAUGUAUUUCUUUUAGAUCGAAUAAUUAUAAGACCUUGACUUGAUAUUAUGCGGUUUGUGGUGGUCAUGUGAGCUAACCAGUUCAGAUUAAGGACACAAUCAUAGUACCCUAAUGGUUACUGACUGUUGCCUAUCUAAUUUCUACUCGCUCUAUAUCCAACACAAGGAGUUUAAUUUAUCACAAAAUUACUAUUAUCAUAUUCAUUAUCAAUAAUAUAUUCGUUAUUGUUACCGUCUAUUUUAUAAACCAGAUCUUUUCUUUUUUAUUUUUUUUUAUUCACACUUCUUAAUUUGUUUAUUUAUUUUCCGACUUUUAACACGAAUCAAGUGGCAAAAUAGCAAAAUUAAGCAAGAGAUGGCGAUCGUGAUCUUUCUCCUUCACUUUUCUCGUAUUAAAAGCUGCAAAAAAAUUCCCAAAAGCCGUCCACAACGGUCACACUGCAAUAUAAGAAAUUAAAGGAAAAGUUGGUUCAUAAUUGUCAGUGCUUUGUAAAGUUCUUUAAAUAAUGCAGUCGAGCGUGGUGCAUACAUUGUAAUAUUAUAAUAUUCCUGUCAUUAUGUCUAUUAGCGCAAUAUGGGGAAUAUUCGAUCUAGAGAAAAAUAACUGAGUGCUACAAGGUCAGUACUGUGGUCAAGCGGAGUCCUAUUAUUUUCUGCUAUAAAAACCCUCUCCAAAGAGAGGGAUACACUUA